CAACAGUCGUCAAACUUCAAGUUCAAUUCAAACGUAUGGCCGUUUGAAAUUACCUUUGUGAAACAUUGUCAACAAUCACCAAUAGUGUAUUAUUAUUCGUAACAUUUUAAUUGACUGUAAUUUAUAUUUUUAAGCUAGUUUAAAAUGACUUCAAUCAAAGAAGAUGAAAAGAAAGAAAUUCCUGAAAUCAUACACGAUCCCCAAACAAGCUGUUCGUAUCAAAGGUUACGAUUUUUUGGGAAGGGUGGUUUUGCAAAAUGCUACGAAAUCCAAGAUCUAUCCAACCAUCAAGUGUAUGCUGGCAAAAUUGUGUCAAAAAAACUCAUGGUGAAGACAAGCCAAAAAGAAAAGAUGGCUCAAGAGAUUUCUAUACAUAGAUCUUUACAACACAAACAUGUAGUUGGCUUUCACAGUUUCUUUGAAGAUUCCCUAAACAUUUACAUCAUAUUAGAGCUCUGUAAAAGACGAUCAAUGAUGGAGUUACAUAAACGAAGGAAAGCUAUAACGGAGCCAGAGACUCGGUUCUACAUGCACCAGAUUCUCUUAGGUGUGCAGUAUCUGCAUAGCAAACGCAUCAUACAUCGAGAUCUCAAACUGGGCAAUUUGUUCCUGGAUGACGACCUCCAUGUCAAGAUUGGAGACUUCGGUUUAGCAGCCAGAAUUGAAUAUGAAGGAGAGAGAAAGCAGACUCUAUGCGGCACACCAAACUACAUUGCUCCAGAGAUAUUGACGAAGAAGGGUCAUUCCUUCGAAGUGGACAUCUGGAGCUUAGGCUGCAUCAUGUACACUCUGCUUGUAGGGAAACCACCCUUCGAGACCUCUACCCUCAAAGAUACCUAUAAGAGGAUCAAACAGUGUGAAUAUAGCGAAGGUGUGGAAUUAGCGCUGCUUGCAUGUUCCACUGGCCCUUGGCAUAAAGUCGGCACUCGGUUUGCGCAGGCUUUAACCAACUAUAACACAGUCAACCAACUAUACAGGAUUCCGUCGUCGCUGCGCAAACCGGCCGCUUCGAUGAUAGUACUCCAGCUGCAGUCGAACCCGGCCCGGCGGCCGUCAGUGGACAAGCUCUUGCAGCACGAGUUCUUCUCGUCCGGCAUCUUGCCAGCGGCACUGCCCGCCUCCUGCCUCACUACCGCCCCGCGUACCGAUCAGCUCGAGGGCAUGUCUGUACAUCGCCGGCCGCUCAAUGAAGUUAACUCUAACGAGCAUGCAAUGGCGGUGGACUCGCCAGUGAAACGUGACCGGGCGGGGGCAGAGCCUCGUGCCGUGGAGCCAACAUCACACCGCCAGAACCUCAUCGCACUACGAGACCAACUGGCCGCCUUACUUUCCAGCAAGUUGAAGUGUCGCCCUGAAUGCCUGACGGACGAACUGGGCGAUCCAGCGGCGCAGCCUCUCGUGUGGGUCAGCAAGUGGGUAGACUACAGCGACAAAUACGGCUUCGGCUAUCAACUGUGCGACGAAAGUGUCGGCGUCAUGUUCAACGACACUACCAAAUUAAUCAUGCUCGCGAACGGAGUAAAUGUGCAUUACAUAAACAGACAAGGUCAAGAACAAUAUAUGACAAUGCGGGGAUAUCCACAAGAGCUUGACAAGAAGAUGAAACUCCUCACAUACUUUAGGAGAUAUAUGACUGAACAUCUUAUGAAAGCUGGUGCGUCAGUGCCCGUCCGAGAAAGUGAUGGUCUAUCACGAUUGCCGCAUUUACACCAGUGGUUUAGAACAACACUUGCGGUCAUAAUGUAUUUAACAAAUGGAACUUUACAGAUAAACUUCCAAGACCAUACCAAAAUAAUACUCUGCCCUCUUAUGCAAGCGGUCACGUACAUUGAUGUGGAGAAGAACUUCAGAACAUUCCGCUUUAGCACAAUCGAGGAGCACGGCUGUGAUAAGAAACUUUACACAAAUCUCACAUAUGCUUUAGAAAAACUCAACAGUGUAUUAGCCAGUAAGCUUUGCUAGCCUACCGAUAAUUUAUAGCGGCGGAAAUUAAACAAUAUUCGAAAAAUGAAUUCGAUUUGCUCGAGCUCAGAGCAAACUCUCAUGAGAGUUGAAAACUAGUGUUGUAGGUUAGUACAUUUUCCAGAACUAGCAAUACGGCUUACCCUGGACUAAUAGUUUAUUACGAACUUUUAUGAUUUUUGUUAAAAUUUUGUCACUAAAAUCAAUUUCGAUAGGUAUCAUAUUUUUAUUUACGUAUUCUACUCGUUGAUUUUAGAUUAUCCACCGAUAUAUUUAUUCUUACAAGUUGUUCACACAUUACAUUGGAACAUUUUAAUCACAAACUUUAUUAACUAGUGAAACUGCAAAGUAUCUAUAAAACUCUGUCAAAGAAACCCAAAAAUAUUAUUAGACCAGUUUCAGACUACUUUUGAUUCAUAAUAAUGGCAUUUCACUUGUGCCUUGCCUUACGUUAGAAUAGGUUAAAUUUUAGUUGUGUACUUUGUUUUCCUCACUGUAAUGUAAAAUGAGAGCACCAUGACUGAGGGGUGGGGUGCGGGCAGUUUGAUGAUUUGGAGUGGUUUAUUUAGUUUUAUAACUAUAUUUUUAUAAAACUUGUUUCUGUGCUUCAGUAACACCGGACAUAUAUUAACUCUUUGACAAAAAUUGAUUCCCUUUUUAAGCAAUGUCAGAAAAAGAAUUUGACCAAAUAAAAAUCAACAUUCUCCACAGAUUAUAUGUAUUUUAGAGAACACAUUUGUUGGAUAUGUAUUCUGAAACGUCAGUAUUACAAAAUUGGAUGGUGUUGAAGCACUUGCUAUUUCUAAACUGGAAGUUUCUCGAGAGGUCUGUUACCUCUAGUAACAUAAUGAACAUUGACAAUAAAAUUUUUAUGAAAAAUAAAUAUUUUUUUAUUGUAAAACAUAUAAUCAUCAAGUAUUUACAAAAUAAUUAUAUUGUGAACAGAAUGGGUGCCGAAUAUAUGUUGUUUGUACAUUUUUAGGUAUAUUU